ACUUGCGCAAUCCCGGGGACAGGAACAAGCCGAGUAGCGACGACAGGACGGACGGUGGCAAGCAUUACCCAACCGUCGACCUCCAUCCCCAUUCUCGUAUCUGGACGGCGGUUAGUGCCGCCAUGAAUAUCCCCGAGUGAGAGAAUACCUGCCCAACAAUGUCCGACGUCUCGACCCCGGGCACGAUAUUUAAUGAGACAUCGACCCUGUCGCCAUGUCCAUAGACCUGAACUGGGAGACGCUGACCGGGGGCGCUGACGGGGCAGCCCUUGCCGAGCGCAUCCGCGACUUCAUCCACGUCAAGUUCCAGUCCGUACCGCUGCCACGCUUCAUCAAGUCCGUCACCGUCCACGACUUCGCCUUCGGCAACAUCCCGCCGAGCAUCGUACUCAAGGACAUAUGCGACCCGCUGCCGGACUUUUACGAGGAGAACCCAGACAUUUCCGAUGAGGAGGAGGAGGAGGAGGAGGAGGAGGAUGACAACGGUAGUGGUGGCGGUAGCCAUGAGCAUGGUGUAGCUGGUGACCAGUAUUAUUUCGCUGGGGGCAGGGACCGUGAGGGGAGAGCGCACCCGCCCGCGCGUAGUAACGGGUCUUUCGGAAAGGAGGAGGACGUGUCCGACGCUAUCAGGGCUGCGGAGCGUAGGAGGAAGGCGGACCAGGCCCGGAGGUUGGAGCGCGGAGGCGGUGCGAUGGGCGGCAGGGGUAGGCCGGGUAUGUACAGGCCCGAGGGCCUCUACCCGCCACACACUCACGCCGCCGGUCUGCGCAGCGCGCCGGGGCACCCUGUAGACAUGAACCCGCCGUUCCUCGGGCUGGCACCGGGAGUCCCUGGCGGCACCGCCAACAUGCACUAUUUCCAGCCAAAGCUCGCAGCCGACUGGCCCGGCACACAGACGCCACUUGCCGCCGUCGCCGGCGCCCAGCACCUUAACGACUGGCUCGACCUGGGCAGCCCACAGCCGUCGCCCGUAGAGCGGUACCCCUCUCCUGGCCUCAGCCAGAGUCGCAGUCUCCAGGGUCACAGUCGCCAGCCCUCGCAGGGUUCUGCCUCCAUCGCCGAUUUCCCGCCCCUGGCCCCGCCGCCGCCGCUGCUGCAGCCGCUCAGCCACCCGACUUCCUCCCCAUCCUCGCUCGCGCCCGCCCACCCGCUGAGGGAGAAACACAGUGUGUCAACCCUGGCGCCAACGUCGGCCGGACCCUCACGCCCCCCCACGAGAGACAAGUCAGGGGUACCGUACCUCGUGGGUUCGGCGGCCGCGGCGGCUUUCAGCAAGGACCAGGAGCAGCAACGCGACACCAACGGCCAAGAUGGUGAAGGAAAUGGCGACGAGGGAUCAGGGCCUCGGAGGUUCCGAGAGCCACGGAUCGACGACCUACAGGCGGUGUUUCGGAUCAAGUAUGCGGGCGACGUGAAGCUGAUGCUGACGGCAGAAAUCCUGCUGGAUUACCCGAUGCCGAGUUUCGUCGGGAUUCCCGUCAAGCUCAACAUCACGGGGCUGACGUUUGACGGCGUCGGCGUCGUCGCGUACAUCCGGAAGCGUGUUCACUUCUGCUUCCUGAGCCCGGAAGACGCCGUCGCAGCCGUCGGGUACGACGACUCCGAGUCCGACUCCGGCGACGGCGACAGUGAUUCCGACGAAGGAAGACCUCGGCUGCAACAGAAGCAGCAGCAGCAGCAGCAGCGCAAGGCUAGCCGGGUGGGGAGCUUGCUGCAGGAGGUGAGGGUUGAGAGCGAGAUCGGCCACAGAGAGGGUAGCAAGCAGAGCCUUAAGAACGUGGGCAAGGUGGAGAAGUUCGUGCUAGAGCAGGUCCGGAGGAUCUUUGAGGAGGAGUUUGUGUACCCGAGCUUCUGGACGUUCUUAGUCUGAGAACGAAAAGUGCGGAAGAAGUUGGGCGAAGGGUCGGGCACAGAUGCAUGAGGAUGAUCUCGUGGGAACGAGCGAAAACCUGGCCCCAAAAAUAGAUUAAAUAGAUUUUCAGGGCUCGAUACGCGGAUUCUGGCCCGGAAAGGGAGACACCAGCUGUCAGCCUCACUAAUAUGUA